UGCAUUGCAGUGCCGAGUGAUAGCCUUGAUAGUGUAUAUGUCAAUUUAUUUUGUUCAAUGGUGUAUUAGUUACGAUCGAGUGGUUUGCAAAAUUGAGAGAGAGUGAAUUUGUAUUUGUUAAAAAAAACGUUUAAUUAUCAGUAAAUGAUUAAGAAAAAUGCGACUGCCAUCUUUAAUGUAACUUAAACACAUAAAAGUAAAAAAUUAUCCAUUUUAUAAAAAGAGCGCGUGUGAGAUUCUGUGUCAAUCUUCUUUAUACUGAAAUAACCCAUUCCAAAGAUUUUUGUGCUAUAUGAUGUUCGGUGAAACUUUGUGGCGCCUUGUGAAGAUGGGAUCAUGAGAAUUGCCAUAUUGCAUACAGUAGUAUACAUUUUAUCUCUAUGGCUAAGGGAAAAAUAAAAGGUUCUGACUCUAACAAUAAGAUAGUGGCAUCAAAUGCAACAUUUAAAAAUGGAGAGACAUAUACAUGGGAAUUUGAGAUUAACGAAACACCGCCUAGUGCUAGAACUUUGCUUACUAAGGGUUACACACAGGAUGAAAUUAAUUCGUAUUCAGGAGCAACUGUAUCAACACGUGGUCGUUUUAUGACAGAACAAGAAAAGCUGCGUUGUCCGAAUGAGAGACCAUUGUAUCUAUAUAUACAGGGGCAUACAAGACAUAAUGUUGACUUGGCGAUCCAAAAGAUUAAUGAAAUUAUUAAAACAGAACAUCAAAGUUCUUUAAAUAGACCAAGCAGAUUUACAAAUGCUCCACCACCUCUUAUGAGUUUACAUUCUGGAAUUACAACUGUGGAAAAAAUAUGCAUUGGUAUUGAGAAUGCACCGCAAGGUUUUGAUUUACGUGGGCGAAUACUAGGUGCUGGUGAUGCAAAUUUACUUUAUAUUAGGGGUGAAACUGGAGCAAAUGUAACUUUAAGAGGUAGAGGAUCCCAGUUUAUUGAUCCAGUUGUGGGAGUAGAAUCUCCAGAACCUCUUCACUUGUAUAUAGAACAUCCAAAGCCGGAAGCAUUGCAAAAUGCAAAACAAUUGGCUAUUAAUUUAAUACAGACAAUACAGUCUGAAUUACAAACCUAUAUUCAACAACAGCCACCACCAGUACAACCUCAGCAAAUUAUAGAACAAUCACAAAUACCGCAAACACAAUUCCAAACUAUGAACAUUGGUACCUUAGGCCAACCAAAUGUGGUUGCAAUACAACAUCAAGAUAUUAUACAACAUCCACAAAGUAGUGUUGUAACAUUGCCUGCAACAAUUCUUACGGCUACUGUAGCUGGUACCCCAGGACCUGGUGUGUCAGUUCCUCCUCCAGGAGUUCAUAUACCAUCUCAUACUGGACCAUUAGUUCCAUCUUCACAAGCUCAGGAAAUACAGACUUUUAUGCCACCACCACCACAUGUUGGACAAGUACAGUUAAUCGGUCCUCCAUCGACAGUAAGUCAAGUUCAGUAUCAGAUACAUCCUGGUCAAUCAUUACAAAUCCAGGGAAUUCAACCAGGAUCGCAGUCCUCACCACAGCCUAUGGCUCAAAUGUACGUCAUGAGUCAACCGCCACCGCAAAAUCCUGCGCAGCAAAACUUCAUAACGAGUAACGCACCGGUGAGCGGAGCAGUAUCGUAUGUGUGCACGCAACCGAACAUGCAAAGGCCUGCCACGCCGUCCCAAGGAAUUAUCGAAACUGUUAAUGUCAAUUUGCAACAGCCACCUCCUACAGCGCUCAAUAUAACGCAGCAACCGCCACCGCCGUUGUUGCACCUUCACUUUCCUCCUCCAAAUUUUCCGCCGAAUCAACCACCGCCUCCAGUACCACAAACCUAUCAGAUACAGUAUCAACAGGUACAGGCACCUGUGUCACAGUCGCAAACCCAGUUUGUUUUGCAACCCGGCGAGCAUAUUGUCCCGCCUCAGCUGCAACAGAAUCACGAGCAGUCUCAAGCUGUCGCCCAACACAUAAUACCUCCGCAAUUCGAAGGUCAUGCGCCACCGUUUCACUUACAAGUACCUCCUCCGCCGUCCGCGCAAACUUUUCUAGUUCCGAACGUCCAAUCGCCUCAACAUCAUUCGCAACCUCCUCUUCCUCCCGCCGGCGAGAUUCAGCAUCAGCAAGAAGGUCCGGUGGAGCAGGGACCGUUACCACAGCCGGUACCACCUCCACAAAUAGUACCGCCGCCGUCAAUCAGCCAGAUGCCAAAUUCCAUGAAUAUUCUUACCAGCGUACCGCCGCCGACGCAACCGCCUCCACCGCAGAACGCUCCCUGGCUCUAUCAAGCUCAGCAGCCGCAACAAAUGCCUCAACCACAAGGACAAUUGCAGAUGCAAAUGCCGCCACAGAAUAUACCUUUUCAUAACGUACCUCCACCACAAGUACAAACUCAAAUACAAUAUCACCAUCAACACAUACAAUAUCAGAAUGGUCAUAUACCAGCGCAAGUACAUUAUACGAUGCAACCACCACAUCAGCAAUUUGAGCAGAAACCUGAUUCGCCGGAACAGCAAAAAUCUCAUGGAAUAAAGAGAAGGUUUUCAGAUAUUGAGGGAGGACAGGAUCUAUCACCGUCAUACCAAUGUGCUCCACUACCUGCGCAACGUCAUGGCACAGGAGAAGGUGAUCGACAACAGCAAGUCUUACAUGGUCCAUCACCCAUACCUGCGGGUCUGCAACAUGGAGAUCGAAACAAGAUGCUAAUGCCACCUCCACAUCCAGGUGAGAAACGGAACUUGGAUCAAAAGCCCGCAGGUUUAGCUACAGGGAGUGAGCAGAAUGUAAUGACGGAAUCUGGAAAUAUUCUUGUCGGAAACGGUCCACCUCUACCGCCUCCGCCAUCACCACAGGCGCCAUGGCAAAAUCAUCACAUGAGAGUUCCUUGGGGUAGACCACCACCGAUUUCGAGAGAAGGAGAACCAUCCACAUGCCCCGGAUUACCUCCUAUUAACAUGCCUCCACCCCAGAUUAGGCCAAGAGGUCUCGCUGACGGUAAUCGUUCUCCUACUCAAAGCGCCGCAUUAGAACAACCAUUAAACAUUGAGUAUAAUCAGAUGCCACCCUACACGACGAAGCCACCUCCUUACAAUGCGCAUCCAUUGAUGCAGUCAAUCUGCAAUCCGCCACCACCACCACCGCCCCAUCACCAACAACCGCGGCUACAGCAUCCUCCUCAAGCAAUGCAGCAUUAUCAGGUGCCAAUCUCUCAGACAUAUCAGCCGCCGACAUCCUGUCCACCAUGGAUGAAUUGAAAGUUGUCGAACUUUCUUGUUUUAAUAUUUUGACAAUGAAUGAUGAAUUUGACUUAUUAAACAUGACGUUGUCAUAAUAGAGCGACGAUUAAGCCACAACGAUCUGAUGUAAAUGUGAAUAUUUUGAAGUGCAACAUGUUAUUUUUGCACUUCGAUUGUUCCUUAUAAUAAUAUUGUAAUUUAAUAAUCUAUUUGUAUAAUAAUUCUUGUACUCGUAGCUGUUAUAAUUUAACUAUCUAUUUCAAGGAAGGACGUUACUGAAAAGCAUAUAAAAAUAUAUAUGUACAUGUUACAGAUUAUUUAUACAAUUAAAAUCCUAUAUACACAAUUUAAAUCCUGUACAUUUAGAGAUAAAAGAAAGGUAGAGAGAGAGAAUACACAAUAUAAGAUUGUGUAAUGAAAAUAAUGCCAUGUUGAUGAGAAAGAGAGAUAGUUACUUAUUAAUUGCAGAGCUCUUGAUAUGCACGAAGCGUGACUUGUAUAGAUAUAGUAUACAUUUAGAGAAAAAGAGAUAACAGCGUUACUACUUUGGUCAAAUAAUUUUAUUAUUUCGCGAAGACCACUUGUUUUGUAUCGCACUCGAGUAAUAAUUAUAUAUAUAUCUUCCCUUUCAGCGAUAUAUAUCAUUUCUCCAUUUAGAUUGAUACAACAUGUAUAAUAGUAAUGUGUGUGUGAUUUUUUAUGCAAAAAAGAACAUUAUAUAUAAAACAAUCGUGAUGAAAUUUGGAAGAUUUAUAAAAAAAUGUAUCGCGCCAAAGGCGCGUUAUCUCGACUUGAGAUCGAAACAUUAAAUUUAUUAACUUUAAA